AUAACAACAAACGCAGUACGCAUCGACAGAGAGACUACCGGUAGAGCAAGAGAGACAAAAACUUCUCUCCAAAAUAUUUUUCUUUUCCCUGUCGUUCCAGUAUUAUAAAAUCUGUCAAAGUGGAUUCCUUCGGAGUUGCAGAUAUGAUCAAAUUUUUGUUAACCUUUGGAGCCGGGGUGUAUACCGGGAUAUACAUCACGCAAAAUUUUGAGGUCCCCCGAGUUGACGAACCGGUGAAAUUGUGGGACAAGACUUCGGAGAAGGUGAAAGAUUUUCUAGAUCAACACAAGAAACCGUGAGUGCGAAGACCAGAUGAAGGCUAAGAACUAGAUAAGAUACUGUGUGCUGUGUCCUGCAAAUGAGUUGAAGCUGCUGCGUUAUUUGCGGAAUGUUCUUUUGAUUUACCUCAAUAAAUACGAGAUUUUAUUUUGAUUUGAAGCAAA